UCAAUUUUAGAAUCCUUCGCUUGCUCGGUCAUCAAAAUUGAGCCCGCGGUUAAAAGGCAACUUUGCACUCUUGUAUAACAAAUAACUAUUUCCUCUUUAUGAUAUGAGUCCUUUCGCUAUAAAAUAUUGCUGAAUAUCUAUCCCACGAAGCACAUGAAAUUAGAGAUGCCCAUUACGAUAAUAAUGUAUUUAUCCAUAAAAAUAUUACUGUCGUGACACCUAGGUAUAGACAUUGUAUUUAAACUUUUUCUAUCCUGAGAAUUAAUGAGUGACUUCAUACUUACUACAAAACAAAACAUACUGAAAAAUGUAAGUAGGUACCUACACCAAAUUCAAGUCCAACAAACCAUAUGUGGCUAGCUAGACAUUUUGUCUCUGCUUGGGAAUCGAACCCUGAUCAUCGAAAUCGUUUCGCGGCUGAGACCAACGGUCAACAAAGCAGCUCGGACUCUGAAAGUUGGUGAUUAAUAUAACACUCUUGCAUUAGAUCUGAUGCUCACGAGGGCAUAUAAAUGUCAGUCCUGCUUGUGAUCUCUCUCCGGUGGUGUCAGAUUGUCGUCCCAUCGGGCUAUGAGAGUGUAGGAAUAGUGAGUGCACCUGUGUCCAAGCAAAUGCUUGUGCACUAUAAUACUUAAUAUGAUCUCUUUUAAGAACAGCCGCUGUGGCCGUAAAUCUGUCUAGAAGUUAUUAAUACCCAGUCAUAAUUAGAAUUGGACAAAAAAUACAGCCCAGUAGGUAAACAAUAUGAUAUUUAUUAUUAUAUACAAUUAGCUGCUUCACGUCAUUAGGGAAUGAACAAAAACUACUUAUUUUGAGAAAGACAAUAGUUGACCUUGUUAUGAAAAAUUCCUCGAAGUCAAUGACGUUUAAAAGGAAACUUCAAGGAAACAAGUUUCCUAUCAAACCGCAGAAUAUAUGUUACCUAUUAUACGAAAUAAUUAACAUAAUAAUUAUCACCGAUGUUGAGUGAUAUCCAAUGAUCCAAGAUAAAAGCACCACCUAGUACAUAAUAGGCCUACGACGGAACACGACGGUUUUUAGUCAGUAAAAGUCUGACGCUCUGAAUCUGAAUGGUGAUUUUAUGAUUUUUUAUCAUCGUUUAAAAAAGGUAUAAAGCACAAUUGGACAUUUUCAAAAACGCUAAAGAUUCAUCGAUAAAAUGUCACUGGCCCCUACUCUUGUAACAUUAAAUACACAUAGCUGUACGUAGUUAAUUUCAGAGAAUACAAGCAAUUUACCUCUAAAAUAUUCAUAAAUUCUUACUAUAAUGUUUCAGUGGUAUCCUGGGGCGAUCCUUCAAACCCGCCAGUACUGCUGGUACACGGCUACAUGGACAGUGCUGCCACCUUUAUAUUCUUGGUUGAACAACUGCCUGAUGACUACUAUUAUGUCGCUUUUGAUUUGCCAGGUCAUGGACAAUCAGACCCGUUCCCAGGAGGCGCAGUAGUCUCUCUCCUACACAUGGUGGAAGUAGUUCGUUUGGUGGUGGACUACAUGAGAUGGGAGAAGUUCGUUUAUAUAUCGCAUUCCAUGGCAGUUAUUAUAGGCAUGUUCUACAACCACUCGUUCCCCGGCUACAUAACCAAGAUGGUACUAAUAGACCCAGCGCCAUCAUUCUUUAUGCAUCACCUACACAACACGCCGAGGUUCGCCUACGAAUACUUGUUCGAGUUGUAUUACAGCUUUUUUGAAAGAUGGAACGCGGCAAACACGAAGAUACUAACAAUGGAGGAGGCAGUGAACUUGUCACACAGAACUAGAACGAUCACAGAAGAACAGGCUAGAAUUAUCAUACCCAGGUCUUUGAUUCCCGCCGGAGAGGAAAAAUUCACAUUAACCUUAGUACCAAAAAUGAAACGAAUAGCAUCAGCCGACGUGUCACCAGAGACUUUAAUCACCAUUUUGACUCAAAAAACACCUCCCCUGCUCAUCGUCGAAGCUUCAAUCAACAUAUGCGCUGGCCCAGGCAAAGAUUUUGCCGCCAAAAUUAUACAGAAAUGUUUGACAGUUCGUCAUUCAUUGUCUGUGACAGUUGAAGGAAGCCAUGAUGUGCAUAUUACGAAUCCAGAUGGCGUUGCCGUGCACGUGGUUAAGUUUUUGAAAUCGGAUUUCGAUGGGAGAUUGGUUAGAGGUAAAUUGUAGAAAAAUAAGUGGAAUGUUGUUUUAUUUUUAUUAAAGUAUCCUUUUUGCUUUA